AUUCACGGUAAGCGAAAUGUAUUCACCGUGACCCACCAAUACGGUUUUGUCGCGAAAACGCAUUCACCGAACGUCUCCACCAAUACUUUUUCUCUAUUCUGAAUACUUUUUUUUUUACUGGGUUCUAAAUAUUCCUAUUUAUAUGUAGAGAACAUAAUGAGUACAAAAAUGCGACAAAAAAGAGGCAAACAUGCCAAGAAAUUGCUUCUGAAAUGUUUGUCAUAACCAACAAAGAAUCGGAAGUAAGGCAACUAAAGGAUUUGUGGAAAACUCUAAAAAGUUCUUAUUAUGCCGAACGAGCAAAAAUAAAUAAAUAUAAACCGUCCGGCUCGGAAGCCUCUGAAGAACCACGUUCAAGUUGGCCAUAUUUUAAAAUAAUGGAUAAUGUUUUAAAAAAUUAUCCAUUACACAAUCAAACUGUGAGCAAUUUUAAAUUUUCCAAAGUGACUCCACUUCCUACUGCGUCGGACAGUGAAAAUGAAGCUGAGGACCAAGUUGUAGUUUUGAGUGAUUCAGAAAAAAGUGAAGAAGAAACCACUCAUGAUUAUUUUCCUUCUGAAAUGAAUUCUCAGGCAGAAAAAAUACAGAGGGAAAACGACUUUUUUCUAGCCAUAAGGGAUUGUUGGAGAAGAAUUCCUGAAAUAAAGAGGAAAGAUGGCUACAUCAAAAUCAAAGCCAUUAUUGAUCAAAAAAUAAGAAAACGAGAUUAAAAUCUUUUCUUUAAUUCUUCAUUUUUAAUUUAAUUUAAUAUUUCAUUGAAUUUUUUGUCAUUAAAAUUACAUUAAAAUUACUUUCCCUGACAAAAUU